AUGUCCUCAGCCGAAGAUAAAGUUUCGCGGAAGAAGGCCAACAAGCUUGACGAUGGACGAACUAUUUGGGCCCAUGAAGGCGUUUCAGACAUCCCCGUUCGGCAGAGAUACAGCACCCCCUUGCUCAUUUCUUUCAAAGAUUCGUCAGGAUUCAAGACAUCAAGCCGAAAAGCGCUGGGCGUCCUCUGGUUGCGCGAUCUCGUGGACAAUGAGGAGGGCCAGGUAGAGAUUGCCCUUUGGCACGCGAAGCAUGGAAACUAUUCGCGCUUGAAACUGAAUUAUGUUCCGCCUGAUGGGAACUUAGAAUACUGGGACUCGGACAAGGAGAAGAUCGAGCGGGUCGGCAGUAUCUUCCUUAACAUCAUUUUCCGACCUGGUUUAUCCGAACGUCAUCACAAGCUAUUCGGCGCUGCAGGAGCCGAGAGGAGGGGUGCCUUGGAGGAGUAUAAUAGAGAACAGGCAGCAGGGAUGCGCGAGCAUGUCGGCGAAAUGGACGAGCGAAUCCCCGAAAAUCACCAGGCGAGGGAAAGUCAUGACACGGAGAUGGCUGAUGGAGUUAAUCGGACGCCUCCUGAAAUGGACAAGACUUUGACAGGGGGGCCGCUGAAUACGUCGGGAGGUGAUUCUGCAGCGAUAGAGCAAGAAGAUGAAGUCGAGGAUACCAAUACCGGUAUAGCUGCGCGGGAUGCUCAAGAAGAAUCACCACCCGACUCGGAUGGUAACCAAUCGUCCGAUAGCGAUGUUGAUGCCAGGGAAGAGAGGCAUAUUUCCGAUGGUCAUAGCGGGUCUAAAGGUCCUAUCGCUAAGUUCAAAGACUGGAAGCAGCACGAGAAGGAGCUGCACCGUGAUCACAGGGGAGUUAUGCAAGCGAAGCCGGCGAGAACGGCUCAAUGGGUGAAGGACAAUGUCGAAGAAGGUGCCCAUGCGAUCAAGGAUCGAUUCAAGUUGCAUUCGAGGGAGCCUGAUGUCGAGACAGAGGUCUGA